AUGGGUAAAGUAGCAGCAAUAUCAGAAUCAGAAAAAAUUGUGAACGAUGAUGAAAGUAAUGCAAAUAUAGAAAACCAGAAAAUUCCAAACAAGCCUGUUUUAGAAGCUACAUCAUCAAAUUCUCCAACCACACCACCUGCAAUACCACCACGUACAUAUCCACAGCAACCUUCUUCAACUAAUAGUGAUGUUAUUGUUGCUAGGAGAAGACCUUUAUGGCAGCAACUAAUUAUCGUGUCAAUGAUCACUGAAUUAGGCAAAGAUACUAGCGAAAUUUUAUCGUUAAAAUUUUCCACGUCAUCAACAACAUCUUCUUUAGAACCUUCUUUGCUUACGACACUUUCAACGGAUUUAACAAGCAUGGCAGAAAAAUUGAAAGCUCAUCAAGAAUUUGAAAAUCCAAAAGAAGAGAUAAACGAAAUUCAAGACUCGUUAGGUUCCCUAGUUACAUAUCUUUCAAGCACGAUAAAUACUCCAUCAGGAUUAAUGAUAGAUAAGGAUCUUGAUGCAUCCCAAAUUAAAAAAGAAAUCAGAAGCAUUAAAGGUCUUUUCACCAACAGAAUGAAUUUUCCUAAAGUUCCAACAGAAAAUUCAAAUCCAUCACAAAACGGAAAUAGCACAGUAAACGAAUUAGGCAAAGAUACUAGCGAAAUUUUAUCGUUAAAAUUUUCCACGUCAUCAACAACAUCUUCUUUAGAACCUUCUUUGCUUACGACACUUUCAACGGAUUUAACAAGCAUGGCAGAAAAAUUGAAAGCUCAUCAAGAAUUUGAAAAUCCAAAAGAAGAGAUAAACGAAAUUCAAGACUCGUUAGGUUCCCUAGUUACAUAUCUUUCAAGCACGAUAAAUACUCCAUCAGGAUUAAUGAUAGAUAAGGAUCUUGAUGCAUCCCAAAUUAAAAAAGAAAUCAGAAGCAUUAAAGAAAUAUCGUCUAAAGACACUGAACAAUUCCAAGAUGAUCAAUCUCAAAAAAAUACAACAAUGGAUGGAUUGGAUUUGCCAAAAAAAACCAUUACAGAAUUUGGAUAUAAAUGUGGAAUUGGGGUAUUUCAUUCUGGAGUAGAAAUAUUAGGGAGAGAAUAUAAUUUUGGUGGAAGUGAUGAUGAGUGUACUGGAAUAUUUGAAUUACCUCCAAGAGUUGGCCCACCAAAUGUCACCUAUAGUGACUAUGAUAAAGAAGAAAUCAUAAAUAUUAUUGAUGAGUUAUCCGAAGAAUGGAAAGGAAACACUUAUCAAUUGUUAACAAGGAAUUGCAAUCAUUUCACAAAUGAAUUGUGUCUGAAAUUAGUUGGCAAAGCUGCACCAAAUUGGAUAAAUAGAGCAGCAAGAUUUGGCUCUUAUUUUCCAUGUACUGGUGGAUGGAGUGUUGAACCACCACAUUUGCAGGUAAACGCCUUGUCAGAUAUUUCUUUACAUGAUCCACAAUCACCUUGA